AUGUCGUUGAGCGAUAUGUUGUAUUUCAAUGUACUAAAAAGCGAUUACGUCGUUGUUGGAAGCGAUGGAUGCGUUAAUACUGUAAGGCUAUCUAUGUGGUCUCGUAAUGCCUCAAUGCCUCGGUUGAAACAUAGAGAAACGGUUGCUGUUUGGCUACUUUUUUGUCCACCAGGGAAAAGGCCCUUGGUAAUCCUGGGAGCUGAGACGAUGGAGCACGACCAAAUGCGGCAUGGUUUGCGAAACGGAUACUUGAGGCGUCUCUUCACGAAACUCGGGAAUAAUGUGAAGGCUUCGAACGCUUUCAGGUGUCAGCAUUAUUCAUUAUUCAUCCAUGCUUCCGAGGCCAAGGUCAGGAGCCAACCUCGAAAUGUGAAGCGUCAUCAAGGCAGCAUUCCCGAACUCGAGGUAAGCCUGGACCUGAGAACCACUCUUCCACCAACCGUAGCCUCAAAUUUAAAGACAGCGGAGGGCAUACUGAAUCAUAAUGGAGUCACCCAAAGGCAUGAGUGGCGCCUGGAACGUGCUGCCGCUUCCAAGCCUAAGUAUAUAUCCCGCUGGCAAUUAUUUACUUCGCUUCACUUCCAUCCUGUUAUAUUCCCCUCUCCAGCUUCCAACUUAAAGUCAAUCUCGUCCAGAAUCUCAACCCACAUCAUUUUUUUUUUCGUACACUUCGGAGGAUCCGUUCGUACCCUCGCCCCGCCUUUUUCAUUCUUUAUUCACUCACCAUUUCUCCCAAUAACCCACCGCGCGAUGGAUUCCGAAACCGACCUCCUCCUUCUCCCAAUCGAAUCUGAACACCAACGCGACCGUCACUACAACUACCCCACCGAUUGGCACACUCAAUCCCCCUCCAAUUGGCGUAAAACCAAAUACUUUAAAGAACUCAGCGCCUCCCACUACGACAACAUCCCCCGAAUCCAACUCCUCAUCUCCGACCUAGACCUCUGCAUCACCAAACUCUCCAAAGGCGCGAACCCAGACCUUCGAACCCGACAACUACGCGCAAACCGAGCCCGCCUCGUCCAUGAACUCCAUGCGCUAGAGGCCGGAUGGCGGAAUAUAUCUGCCGUGCUAAGGACCGAGUCGCAAAAGCUGUUUAUUCUCCCUAGGGAGUUACGAGAGGAGAUCUACGGAUAUCUCUAUACACUGGAUUAUCCGUUCGUGUUGACGUACCCAGACAUCGACAUCCGCCGCUCCAUGCUCCGCCGUGACCCGUUCCUGUACCUGCAUGCCAACAUCGUGGACCCUGUCAUCGCGGCCGAAGCCGCGCAGAUUAUGUACAACAGCAACGUCUUCGAAAUCUCAUCCCAAAUCCCUAAUCAAGUCCUGCAUUUCCUGCGCACGGAUCAUUAUGGCAGCGGUGUGUUACCGCGGGAUGUGAUCCGCAGAAUGCAUCUAAGCACGCAAGCCACCUUGACAUUCGGCGGGGUGAGGCACGAAGUCCUUGAAAUCCAGCAGCGCUCGAAACCGUGGAGUGUAGUAACAAGAAGGUAUACGACGCGACGCUGGAUGCUGAUGGCGUUGUUGGAGAUGCAGCAGUUACGUAUACUAAAUCUUGAACUGGUGUGUAGGAAUUCGAAUGUAUAUGAGUAUCGGGAGAUUUCCCCGACCUUGAAGAUGUUGAAGGAGCGGGGGGUGGUGGUCAAGGUAUGUGCGGUUGCGGACAUGGUUGACGGUUGGAGGGAAGAUAUUUCGGAGUAUUUUGAUACGCCGAGCGAGCGGGAUGUUGAGGUGAUGGUCCGAGAUGGGAUUAUUGGUCCUGAACAUCCAGUGGUAGAUGAGGAUCCUGAUGAUUGGACUGAUGAUCUGUUUCCGAGGGAAUGGAGUCCGAGUCGGUGGCGGGUGUUUCUAGAGGAGCAUUACAAGGUCUUCAAGAGACGGGAGUUGGAGGAGAAGACCAAACAUGAUAUCAGGUGGUUAAAGACAGUAUCGAAACUCCAUAAACCAACAGUAGUCAAAUCCGUCGUAUAUCUAGGUAUCAUCACUCCUACCAAGCGAUCACGUUUAUUACCCCAAACACUUGGGCACGAAUUCGAUCCUCAUUUCCAGCGAUCGAUGGCCAGUUUCCGGCGUCUCAACUGCGGUCCCAAUAUACAUGUAAAAUUAGCCAAUGCGCGACGGAAUCCUCAAAUAUUCACUAUCUAUCCCUCAUUUUCCUUUCCAUAUGCUUUGGAAGAAGUGGGAGAGUACGAGUUACCGUCGAUUAAAGCGAUCAGACUGCAUGGGAUUCAGAAUGGGACGGUGCUGAAGAUGCCUGCGGGGGCGGAUAAGAGGAGUUUAUCCUCGCCCUUGGGAACCGUGGAAUUGGAGAAGCAAGAUGUUGGCAUUUUACAUGUAGUUUUGGAGACGCAGGUUGUCGUCGGUUUAGCUAUGGCCGUUGGUAUCGAGGUAGAAGAGUGGGAAGAAGGUUCCGAGUCCGUCGUUUGGUUAUUCCGCGGGCAGAAACUUCUAGAUCUGGGGCCGGCCAUGGGAUUUGACAAAUCCAUGGGGAAUAUAAUGCCAGGAAGCCUCGUACUUGGUGGCUACGACGCUGGUAGCCUUUGGGGCAGUGAACAAUCUCUCUCGGUGGUAAUCACAUCAGUCGAGUUCAUACCCACGAGGAACAAAAUCAGAACAUCCAGAACGCUAAGCAACCUCCUCGACCCCACUAUCCGCCACAAUCGAGGCCUCGACGCCGUACACCUGGCUUCCGAUUUCAACAUGACAAGUUUUCGAAACCGUCUUCCAGCUCUAGUGGGACGAGACCUCGGAACUGACCGCGUUUCGCGAAACACUAGCGUGACUUUUACGCUGCAGUCGCAAUCUCCGGGGAAGGCCAUGAGCCAGAACCUCACACUGCAAUAUUCGACUUUCGAUCUGGGUCAUUCAAUUCCACCGAGUAACAUGACUUCGUCGUAUCGCUUGGCCAUGAGCACAAAACUUUGGCCUAUCAAAGCCACAGUUCAUGACUCUGACGCGCAUCGCCGAAACCUACGGCUUCCUUUAACCCAAGCUCGACAACAACUUACAGAUUCUGAGCUAGUGAGACAAUUCAGGCUUUUUAGAUUGGGGGUAACUUUAUUUCUAUUCUCAGUUUUUGAAAAGACGAGGGAGCGAAGCCAAUUUCAGAAAUCCAAAAACCAGCAGACGAAGUUUGAGAAGGGAGCGCUGGACGCCGAUCAGCUUCGGCAGUCAACCGGGAAAUCAUUUGAGACUAUGACCCAGGUUUUAGCAGAGCUUGAAGUUAUAGAGCCGACACAUGAGUUGGUGGCAACCGAGCCAGAACCGACGACUCCGGGAUCUGGAGUCGAGAAUCGUGUGGAGCUGAAAAUUCGCUCCUUUCUGAGAUUCACUCUAACAACCUUACCUAGAGAGGCUUCGACUAUUUCUCCACCUACUGUACUCGACAGUGUGUCCCAUUCAUACGCAACUGCUUCGGCCAACUUGGUUCCCUUCCACCCACACUACCGCAGCAUCUUGUAUAUCAUUGGCCGCACAGGAGAGUCCCAUCUAACUCUCAAUAUUCCUCUUAAGCUUUCAGAUCAGCUCACUCUUUCUCCCUUCAGGUGCAAUGGUUUUCUGGAAGCCUUCCACCACAGGGCCUUUAAACGCGGUUCAAGUGGUUAUAAUGAAAUAAAGGGUAGAGUAGAGCUGAAAAGAGCAAAAUCCAAGCCUGUUAAUAUGUCGUUUCAUCUUUCGCGACAACUAUACGAAUAUAUUCGCGAAAAUCCUAAGGUACGGCGGUCAUUAGUCGACGGCGAGGUAUGUCUCCUAUAUAAAUGUGCAGUAGUCACCCGUUUUGAGCGGGAAGUCAUAAGGGAGCCUGAAGGACAAAUUCUGAAUAUUUGGCCGUUUUCGAAGCUGGGUGUGAAGCGUCUCGUUAGCGAGUUACACUUCUGUUAUCUAAACUGGAGGAAACCGCAAACCUGUCGAAAUUUUAAUGGUUCUAUUAUUGGGAGCAUGCCAAUGGAAGUUGGCGUGUAUCAUGUCAGCUCAUGUUCAUUCGUAGCAUCCAUCCAAAACUAG